AUGCAAAAAAGAGUUAGCGACAUUACUACUUUAAAAAUUCGAACCACCAAUCCAAACGGUUUUCAUAAAUCAUAACUUUUUUAGACAUCUCUCAAAGUGACCAGCCUUUCUUUAACCAGAGACUCGAUCAAACAAGAGAUAAUAUUCAAAUUCCAUAAUCCGUUUAGGAGAUCCUCUUCCCUAACUUUUAAUUAAGAUCUUUGACAUCUGUAAUCGCCUUGUUGCUUACCUUAAAUUAUAUAUGUCAAUACAUCUAUUACAAAGUUUCAGGAUACAAAUAUUUUGGAUGUGUAUUAUAUGAAUUGGGUGCAUUUUACGCAGCAGAUGUGAUUUAUGAAUGUACUAAUCAUUUGGAAUUAAGAUGAGUACUAUAGGUACAUAACUGGGACCUUAUAUUUUGGGAGUAUCUACAAUGCUAUCAUUUUUGUGAUUACAUUCACAAUGUAAGCCUAUACUUUAGAAUAUUUAUUGGGAAAGUUUGUUUUUUUUAUAUAUUUAAAUGCAGGAAUCUAUGGUUUAGUGUUCUCAGCCUUGAUUUAUAAAAAUUCUAUCACCACAGGAAAUUGCGGAAUAAUUUUUACAGUCUUAGUUAUCUAUGGGUCUAGCCUAAUUAAGAAAUAUUAAGAGAUGGAAAAUGCCAAAGCCACUUUAGGCCUUUUUUUAAUACUUUUAAUUUUAAACUUUUUAACCAUUUUAGAAACUCAAAAUACUAAUAUUGCCAUAGUGACUGGUGGAAUAAUUAAUGGAAUUGGGAUAUCGACUUUUAUUCAUUUUCGUAAUAUAAAUGAAAAAUCAAAAAAAGUUACCUAUAUUAUAUUAUUUGUAAUUUAUUCUGUUGAAAUAAUGCUGUUUGGAUUGUUGCAGAAUGUAGAUGUUGAUAAAAUAUUCAAAAUUAAUUUAUUUUGUUGA